AUGUUCGGAGGCGCAAAGGGCGAAGUAGCUCAUGCAGUGGAAGACGAGCCGAGGGAUGCCGAGGGCUUUGGCGGGUCCCACCGUCCAUGGGUGGAGCAUGUCGGAGACGAGACAACUGGCGUCGAGGUGGCGGAGGAGGCGCUCGAGCGGGUCACGGAGGAGGGCCGUGGCCUCGAAGAACUUGGCAAGGAGUUCGGGGCUUGGGACCUGGUCGAGGCUGACGAUGUUUUUCGGGAGGAGGGAGUUUUCGGGCGGGAAAUCGAGGGUUUCGAGGCCGAUUUCAUGGCCGGACGAGUGGGCGCGUUCGACGGUCGGGGCGAAAGGAGGGGUGGUUGGAUGAGGACCCUUCUCCUAAUGUCCCUUUACAAAAGCUUGUACUUUAGUUCACAGAAGAGACAAUCUCUUGAUGUGUAG